AGGAAUCCAUCCCACUGAGGAAACGCACUCCUCUGCUACCUAAGCCCUCCACUCCCGACACCAUGCACUGCAACAACUUCUCCGAGGCUGUCUUCCCAGGAUGCUACUGGGGCACCUAUGGCUACCCACUGGGAUAUAGUGUUGGCUGUGGCUAUGGCAGCACCUACUCCCCAGUGGGCUAUGGCUUUGGCUAUGGCUACAAUGGCUGUGGGGCUUUUGGCUACAGGAGAUACUGGCCAUUUGAUCUCUACUGAUUGGCUGAAAUCCCCGAGGCGUAGAAUCUUCUCUCCCCUGAAGGCUGAGCAGCACAUCUCCAGGUUCCCCCUGUAUCCACUUCUUCAGUCCUCAUUUGCUCAUCAACCUCAGAGACACUGCCUUCCAACUUACCUCCAGUCCCAGGGGAGGAAAAUGAAAAAGGAGAUGCUUCCUCAAGCUGCCUGCCCUGGCUGAUGUUCUCUGGGACGUUUUUGGAAACUCGACCUCCUACUUGUCAUACACUACUUUUGAAAUUUUCAUGACACUCAUGACUUGUCAUGAUGAAGUCAUGGCUAUGUCUAUCAAAAUCUCAAUAAAUUUAUCUCAACUGGUA